AGAUUAGCCGUCUCUUUACCGGGACACAAGAGUAGUAACACGCCGUCGAUCAUGUUCGAGUGCAAAAUGCGCACUAUUCGUUCCAUUGGCGCCCAGCGACCCUUCUGGCCACCUGCCGGCGGACAGAGAUUGAUUACAGAUAAAGAGGACGCAUGGCAUAAAAUAAAUUGAUGCCCACCUUCUUUUGCAUCCAUCGACUUGCGCAUUCAUUGUACCACACAAAUCAGACCUUUCCACCCGGAAAGUCAUCGCCAGUUGAGCCGCAAGUAUCCCGAUAUCAACUACAGGUACAAGGUCCCUACACCCCUACACUAGAUAGAUCGUGGCACUCAAGAAGUUAACAACAUGCAGAGGACAUACCUUGUCGGUCGACCGGCCCCCAGAAUAGCCCGAUCAUUCAUCAUGCGCCUCCCAUAUGUUGCGAACCCCCCAGAGACGAGCGAUGCCGAGGAAGCUGAGAUCCUAGCACAAACGCAAGCCCGACGUGCCCCUGGAACGCUGCUACCUCUGGACUUGGCACUGAUGCACUCGUUUCCAGUCACGGAUGGCUGGAAUUCAUUUAUGGGCGCCCUUCGCACGAGGACGAGUCUCUCGACCAUUAUCCGUGAGCUGAUCAUGUGUCGUGUGGCUGUCCUCAAUGAUGCCUUGUUCGAGUGGGAGCAGCACGCUCCGUUGCUGAAGGCAGGAGGAUUCAGUGACGAAGCGCUAGAGCUGAUUCGGCAACCAGACAUCUGUCCAGAGGCACAGAAAAGGGUGCUCAGCAGGGAGGAAAGCGUGGUGCUGAAGUAUACGGACGCUAUGACCAAGACGGUCAAGGUGCCGGAGGAGAUCUUCCAGGAGGUCAAGGAGUGUUUCGAUGAUAAGCAGGUGGUGGAAAUUACGGCGACGGUAGCGGCUUACAACGGUGUUAGUCGCUUUUUGGUUGCAUUGGAUGUGGGAGAGAGGAAUCAUGCUAAAUGCUGGCAUGUCUAAUUGGAUGGUAUCUCCAUAGAUCUUUAAUCUUCGGCAGCUGGACCUUCCAUCUUCGACAUAAUGCCACGGGGUGAUUAAACCUGUAUUGUCAGUUUUGUUCGGUGUUGUUGCUCCGAGGAGUAUGUUUUACCAGUACAACAUACAAGGUGAAUAUAGUCGAUUAGCGAUAAACAACCGCG